GGCCUACCAGCGACAAAAUUAUGGCAAAUCCACGGUUGAAUGUCUUUUUACUAGGAGUUAUGCUUCCUAUAGCUUUGUCCAUUGAACCGUUUUGCAGUAAGAAGAUGGACGAGGGAAAGCCAGUGGAGGGAAAGGAAGAUAACACUAAACUGCAGUAUUACUACGAUGAGGGGGCAGGCAUCUGCUUUCCUUUCUUCUACAAAGGACUGGAAGGGAAUGAGAACCGCUUCAACACAGACAGGACGUGCAUGGAGGCCUGCUCUGCCAAGUUUGAGGAGCUCUACCCAGCUGCAGAUGCAGUGUGUGACCUUCGAUUGGACCAUGGCAGUUGCUUUGCCAUGAUGUUGAUGUACUACUACAACGCAAAAGAGGGAACCUGCCGUAUCUUCCACUACGGGGGCUGUCAGGGCAAUGGCAACCGUUUCGAGACCAGAGAACACUGUCAACAGACAUGCAUGGCCAAAGGAACCAGGCAUGGUGCUGCACAGCCAGGAGCUAACCCAGAUGAGAGUUCCACUAAUGCAGGACUGAUCGUGGGUAUUUUAGGAGGAAUUGUGUUCACCAUGGCAGUGAUCUCUGCUAUUGUUCUCUUUGUUGUUCAAAGGAAAGGGAAAUCAAGCAAAGAUGGGAGAGAGCAGGAACUACCUAUUGAGAUGUCCUAGAGAUGUAUUACCCUCGACACCAUUUUCAAAUUCCUUUUUUGGUUUGGAUUUCAUUUACAUUUGUUAGGAAUUACAUUUUGUACUCUAUUUAGGUUGAAUAAAAAAGGAAAAUGCCAUGCUUUAUCUAUA